AGCACUCUCCAAACAUUAGGACAACACCCACCCCCACAAACUUCCCUUGUCCACCAAAUACUUCUCUCUCUUUCUCAUGGCUACUGAUCAUCAAGAAAUCACACGUGCAUCGCACAUGCAUGAUUUCACAGACGAGGAUAGCCAAAAUGGAGGAAUAGAAGAAGAGAUAGAAGAUGAGGAGGAAGAAAGCACACGGGAUUACAUAAGUACGCUUUUCAAGGGUGGUGGCCAUGGUGGGAGUGGUGGCGGCGGUGGUGGAGGUUCUCGACGAAAAGGGUGGUCUUUAGGGCAAAUGUUGGACCCUAAAGCUAGAUGGAUUCAAGAAUGGAAUAGGGUUUUUCUUCUAGUGUGCGCCACUGGACUUUUUGUGGAUCCUCUCUUCUUCUACUCUCUGUCUGUUAGCGAUACCUGUAUGUGUCUCUUCAUCGACGGGUGGUUUGCUAUCAUGGUAACGGCUCUCCGGUGCAUGACUGACGCCUUGCACGUGUGGAACAUGUGGUUGCAGCUCAAAAUGGACAAGAAACUAUCUACUGGCGGCGGUAGUACCAAUGAAACUAGCGGUGGACCACGCUUGACAAGCCCUAGAUCAAUGGCCCUGAGGUAUCUCAAGGGAAAGAGAGGAUUUUUCUUUGAUCUGUUUGUCAUCCUCCCCCUUCCCCAGAUAGUGCUAUGGGUGGCAAUUCCUUCCUUAUUGGAGAAAGGUUCAGUGACAGCAGUGAUGACCAUAUUCUUGAUCAUAUUCCUCUUCCAAUAUCUUCCAAAGAUCUACCACUCCGUUUGCCUCCUUCGUCGCAUGCAAAAUCUCUCUGGUUACAUUUUUGGAACUGUUUGGUGGGGAAUUGCCCUCAACAUGAUUGCAUACUUCGUUGCCUCCCAUGCAGCAGGUGCAUGUUGGUACUUACUAGGGAUCCAAAGGGCAGCAAAAUGCAUGAAAGAACAAUGCAGAGAAACACACGGUUGUGGGCUGAGGUUAUUAUCUUGUAGAGAAACUAUUUACUAUGGAACAACAAGAAAUGUGAGAGAUGGAGCAAGAUUAGCAUGGGCAGACAAUAAGUUAGCCAGGGCUACAUGCUUAGACAGCAGUGAUAAUUAUGACUAUGGAGCUUAUAAAUGGACUGUUCAACUCGUCACCAACAAUAGCAGAUUAGAGAAAAUACUCUUUCCUAUCUUCUGGGGCCUAAUGACUCUCAGCACUUUUGGAAACCUGGAGUGCACAACAGAAUGGUUGGAAGUUGUUUUCAACAUCAUUGUUCUUACAAGUGGACUCAUUUUGGUCACCAUGUUGAUUGGAAACAUCAAGGUUUUCUUGCAUGCAACAACAUCAAAAAAGCAAGCAAUGCAGUUGAAAAUGAGGAAUAUAGAGUGGUGGAUGAGGAAGAGACGCAUGCCUCAAGAAUUCAGGCACCGUGUUCGAAACUAUGAGCGGCAGCGGUGGGCAGCAAUGCGAGGCGUCGAUGAAUGUGAGAUGAUCAGGAACCUCCCUGAGGGACUUAGGAGGGAUAUCAAAUAUCAUCUCUGCCUGGAUUUAGUAAGGCAGGUCCCGCUUUUCCAACAUAUGGAUGAUCUGGUCCUCGAGAACAUUUGCGACCGUGUGAAGUCUCUCGUUUUCACAAAAGGAGAAACAAUAACUAGAGAAGGAGACCCUGUCCAAAGAAUGCUAUUUGUGGUGAGGGGUCAUCUCCAGAGCAGCCAAGUUCUGAGAGAUGGCGUCAGGAGUUGCUGCAUGUUAGGUCCUGGGAAUUUCAGUGGCGACGAGCUAUUGUCCUGGUGCCUAAGAAGACCCUUUAUAGAACGUUUACCACCAUCUUCAUCGACACUAGUGACCCUAGAGACAACAGAGGCAUUUGGGCUGGAAGCUGAAGAUGUGAAAUAUGUGACCCAACAUUUCAGGUACACAUUUGUUAAUGAAAGAGUGAAGAGAAGUGCGAGAUACUAUUCACCAGGAUGGAGAACUUGGGCAGCUGUGGCAAUUCAAUUGGCUUGGAGAAGGUAUAAGCAUCGUUUGACGCUUACUUCAUUGUCGUUUAUAAGGCCAAGAAGACCUUUAUCUCGCUGCUCUUCCUUGGGGGAGGAGAGGCUCAGGCUUUAUACAGCUUUGUUAACUUCACCCAAGCCAAAUCGGGAUGAUCUUGACUUUUGAAAGCAGAAAAUAAGAAAAUUUGCUCAUGUAUGGAUAUUUCAGAAGGCAAAUUAAGAGUAACAAUGAUGAAAAUUUCUUUAAAUUUC